UCCCAGCCUAUUAAUGAUGUCGGAGUUAUUGACAAGGAUUAAAAGUACAUUGUUACUUGCAUUACAGCGAAACGGCACCACGCGCAUACAUUGGAUUAUUUGUUUAAUGCUAAGUCACAAACUAGUGUGCGAUUUACGUUGAAAAGUAUUGUGCAAUUUCUUAAUAAAUGGAAUUUUAAUACAUUAGAUUAUAAAAGUGUCUGCAGCCUACACUCAUGACAUUUGACAAGACGAUAAGUGAAACGUGUUGACAAUGUGUGUAUAUUUAAUUCCUUAAUUUUCCAACGUUUGCCAACUGAAAGCAACAAACAAUACAAAAGAUAGAUUUGCUGAUAACAUUUGCAAGCGUCAAGUAAAAAUGGUUGAACGUGUAUGAAUCACGUGAUUAUUCGAUAUGAAUAAAGUUGGACGUUCAAACCCCGUUGGGGCCGGGUCGGUCAGAAAGUCACGUGGCGAGGUCGUCGAGUCAAAACGCUUGAACGGGUCAAUGGCCCAUAAGGAGGUCAAAAAUGGGAUCGAAGAACAGAAGUUGUCCGCGAAUGAUAAUGAUGAUGACAUCAUCGAGCACUAUCUGAUGAACUCGUUCGAUCAGUCGGCAAUGCGGAAAAUUGCAGACGAUGACGCCAUGCCUCUCGACGUAGAAACCGAGCUUAGGAAAUACAAUCAGCGAGAAACAGACUAUCUCAUGCGCGUAGACGAUUGCCUUACGAAGGACCCCAGUCUGAGGGAGGACCAAGUCAAAUUGAUCCUGCAGUCCUUCUCGGUGCUGGACGAGAACGGAGAUGGGAGGAUCUCCAAGACGGAGAUAGCUCGGGCCUACAGGCUGGCUGGCUUCAACCCUACCAAGACGGAACUCGAGCAGAUUGUCAAGGAACAUGACGCAAACGAUGACGGUUAUAUUGACUUUGAAGAAUACUUCAAUGUAAUGAGAUCAAAAAUGAUAAAAGUUGACUUCGAAAAAGAUCGCAUGAAAACUGCUUUUAAAGUCCUAGAUGUCAAUAACGACGGCUUUAUCUCGGUGGAGGAGUUAAGGAACGCCUUGUCGAGGACAGGGGAUCAUUUCACCGACAGGGAGAUAGACGAGAUCUUAAGACUCGCCGAUAAAAACAACGAUGGGAGGAUAGACUAUAAUGAGUUUGUCGACGCAGAUCUGUGCAAGUCAGUGUUUUGAACUUUUCAGACCGUGGUGAUUAUUAUAGUGACGUAGACUGCCAACAUAUGACGUCAUGACGUGCCGCAACGUGACGUUGAAGACUUUUAAGUCUUUAGACAAUUUUAACAAGUGAAUAAUUUGUUGUAGUAAAGUUUCUUAUUCACUUUGACAAGUUUGAUGUUGUUGGAAUUAAUUCAUUUGUUCUGCUUUUUAAGUUAUUGCUUUGCAUUAUGUAGUGGUUUAAUGAAGUUUAUAAUGUAAACCUGUAUAACAUAACGCUUAACGAUAUUAAUUGCGGUUUGAUGCUAAAAGCGGUUACACGUAUCUCGAUUUAGAAACAUUUUUUUUAUUUUGAAUUGCUUUGUGUGUUAAAUAAUAGCAAGUCUUCAAUUCUGCUGCGUGUUAAUACAACCAUAAAGUAUUAUCGCGCGUUAUUAAUAAGAGUCGCAUAAGAAAUAUUUUUCCCGUGUGAUAAAGCAUAUGCGCUUCAGAAUAAGUGUUUUCCCGCGGCAUUCAGAAUAUGCGCAUCACAACUAGUCAAUCUCCGUGAUUUGGCAAACGCGUUUCAGAACUAGUGUUGCCCGUUGUGGUUCGGCAAACGCGCAUCAGCGCUAGUGUUUUCUGUUGUUAUUUAGUAUACGCGCGUCAAAACUUAUGUUAUCCCACUCGAUUCGGCAAACGCGUAUCAGAACUAGUGUUUUCCGACGUGAUUCGG